AUGGCUGGUCGCAAACGCAAAGCUGCUACGGCUGCUGCGUCCGCCAUUACCGCCGCCUCGACUCCUCGCUCUAAGAAGGUCCGCAUCGGAGAAGAAAGUGUCAUUGGCGAAAAUGGCAACACCAGAGAUAGCACUCCUGUCAGCACCUCUAGCGGACGAGCUAUGAGAGCUACGAGUAACCCAAACCCAAAGUACGACUUCACCAAACGUCGAGGUGGUUCUAAUGCUGCAAGUGCUUCCCAGCGCGGCGGUCGUGGCGGUGCUGCUCCUCGUGGCAGAGGUCGUCCUCCAAAGCAACCCGUGGCUACUGGCAGAGGUAGAGGCCGCCCCAAGACCCAGAUCGAAACUCCAGAAGAAUCCGAACCCGAAGUUGAAGAUGAUGCAGAGGACGAAACACUGGUCGAACCUGUGGUAAGCACUCCCGUGCGCAAAGGAAUCCUCAAGAACAAGAACACCUACGUUGAAGUUGAUGUAUCUCAGACUCAAGUCAAAGAAGAUCAGACAGAUCCCGCCCCCAAACGCCGUCGACGACCGCCCAAAUCCGACUCCACCACUGCAAUGCCGAUUGUCACUAGUGAUCUUGAAGGAACCGAGACCAACGGUACUACUAAGGCCAGAGGCCGCCCCAAGAAGAGCGCCAAGGAGUCCACCGGCAAGUCCAAAUUCUACGAUGAGAUUGAUGGUCUGACAGAUGAUGAAGCGUCCCACGAGGCGGCCCCUGCAGACCUGAAUCCCGAAGUCCAGUAUUGGUUGAUGAAAGCCGAGCCAGAGUCCCGCAUGGAGAAAGGCAUUGAUGUCAAAGGCUGGGAUGGCGUCCGCAAUCCUGUUGCCCGAAACAAUAUGCGAGCCAUGCGUGUCAACGAUCUAGCUUUCUUCUACCACUCCAACUGCAAGACGCCAGGUAUCGUAGGCAUGAUGCGCAUUGUCGAAGAGCACCAGGUCGACGAAUCUGCUUUCGAUCCGAAGCAUCCUUACUACGAUGAGAAGUCCGACCGCAGCAAGCCUAAGUGGGAGCUCGUUAAGGUUGAGUUCGUCAAGAAGUUCGAGAAUAUGCUGACUCUACGAGAACUCAAGAGCUAUGCUAACCCAGGUGGCAUGCUCGCUAAUAUGCAAGUGCUCAAACAGUCUCGACUUAGCGUCAGCAGUGUCAGUCCUCAGGAGUGGCAGUUCAUUCUGGAGUGUGUGGGCGAGGAGACCUCCCUAGGUCAGCCUGGUGUCGGUAAUGAGGGCGAUAUUGAUGGUGAGGAUGACGCUCCAGUCGAAUCUCCGGAUGCUGAUGAGAUGGACCAGCCUGAUGACGAAGGCGCAGAGUCCUCCCCGAGUCGCCCAGAAGGCAGCACGGUGGUCUCCCUGGGUGAUGUGAGGAGCAGUCAAUCCAGCGGCUCGGGAGGUCCUGUCAUGGAGGGUGAUUGGGAAAAUAGUGGUGAUGAGAAUGAGCUGACUGGUCCGGACUGA